AUGGAUUUAACUGGAUUAGGUUUCAAAGGACGCUUUUUGUUAGUUUUAUGCAUGAUUUUUUACCUUUUCACAUCCGUUGAUGCUGAAGGGAGCUGUAAACUCAAAGCCAAAUUCAAUCUGAGGGGUUACAAAGAAGUGGAGAAGACGACGGUGGUGAUAGGCGGUAUGUUUCCCGUUCAUCGGAGCCUGAUUUCAACAGACAGCAACACCACAGACCCUCCAGAAUCUGUGGAUUGCGAGGGCUUUAACUUCCGUGCAUUCCGCUGGGCUCAGACCAUGUUGUUUGCUCUAAAAGAGAUCAACAGCAGAACAGACUUGUUACCCAAAACUGAGCUGGGUUAUGUCAUCUAUGACUCCUGCUUUACCAUUUCCAAAGCUGUGGAGGGAACACUCACCUUCCUGACAGGCCAGGACGAGGCUGUGCCCAACUACCGCUGUGGAAAUGGACCUCCUCUAUCUGCUUUGGUUGGUGCUGGAGGAUCGGAUCUGUCCAUCGCCACAGCCAGGAUUCUCGGCCUCUACUAUUUCCCACAAGUCAGUUACGAGUCAUCAUGCUCCGUUCUGGAAAGCAGGUUCCAGUACCCCACAUUCCUUCGCACCAUUCCAAGCGACGAGAACCAAUCUGUUGCGAUGGCAAAACUGGUCCUUCGUUUUGGCUGGACUUGGGUGGGUACCAUCGCAGCCGAGGACGACUAUGGGAAAUAUGGCAUUAAGAGGUUCAAGGAGGUGGUGGAGGAAGCAGGAGUGUGCAUAUCCUUCUCUGAGACCCUUCCGAAAAUUAAGAACCCAGAGGCCAUCGCUCGCAUCGUGCAGACGGUGCACGACUCCACGGCUAAGAUCAUUGUGGUGUUCUCCUCUGAUGUGGAUCUCAGUCCUUUAGUGGAGGCACUACUACAAAGCAAUGUCACCAACCGCACAUGGAUCGCCAGUGAAGCUUGGGUCACUUCAGCUGCCAUUUCCCGUCAGCCCAACGUUCUGUCUCUUCUGGGUGGCACUAUAGGGUUUGCCGUUAAACGUGCGGAAAUACCCAGCCUGAAAAAGCAUUUACUGAGCAUUAGUCCAUUUAAUGACUCUCUGACAGAAGAAUUUUGGGGGAUAGUCUUUAACUGUACUACGAAUUAUACGCUGAUAUUAAAAGGCAUGAGGAGAUGCACUGGAGAAGAGAUGUUAGGGACAGUAGAUAAUACCUACUCUGAUGUAUCGCAGUUAAGGAUUACAUACAACGUCUAUAAGGCUGUAUAUGCUGUAGCACAUGCUUUACAUAACCUAGAGCUAUGCAAAACUGGAAGCGGGCCUUUUGAGAACAACACAUGUGCUGAUAUUACUAAUUUCGAGCCUUGGCAGCUCAUGUACUACCUGAUACACCUCAGAUUCAUCGUGCCUCACACCGGAGAAGAGUUGUUCUUUACUAAUGGUGAGGUGGAAGGCUUUUAUGAACUCUUAAAUUGGCAGAGUGAUUCAAAUGGAGGGAUUGCAUAUACACAUAUCGGUUACUAUAAUAGCACAGCGCCGCCUGAGGAGAAGUUGGUCAUUAACAAUGGCUCCAUCAUAUGGAAUAAUAAUGUUCUAAAGGCACCACGCUCUGUGUGCAGUGAACGCUGUCAGCCAGGCACCAGAAUGGGCAUCCGGCAGGGAGAACCAGUGUGUUGCUUUGACUGCAUUCCCUGUGCAGAUGGCGAGAUUUCCAACACAACAGAUGCACGAGGCUGUAUCCAAUGUGAUGGGGACUACUGGUCCAAUGCCAAUCAUGACGAGUGUGUGCCCAAGACCAUUGAAUUCCUGGACUUUUCAGAACCUCUCGGAAUUACACUUAUUGCCAUUGCUGCUUUUGGGGCUCUUGCGGCAAUUGUAGUUGCCAUCAUCUUCUUAAUGCACCUUAAUACACCUUUGGUGAAUGUCAAUGACCCUCUGCUUACCUUUUCUCUACUGUUGGGUUUGGUGAUCACCUUCUUGAGCGCCAUUGUGUUCCUUGGCAAGCCUCAGAUGUGGUCCUGCAUGACCAGUCAGGUGGCGUUGGCCGUUGGUUUUGCUCUCAUCCUCUCUUCGCUAAUGGGCAAAUCUGCUCUGCUUAUGCUGAGAGCCAGAGCUGUGAAAGCAGUCAAAGCUGCAGCCAAAGCUGCCAAAGCGGCUGCUGCAGCAUCUGAGCAGAGUCCUGACACCGCCGUCUUUGCUCCAGCUAUACCUCAAAAGAAUGACGUUGACCCCAUACAUCCAAGACACCAGAGGGUGAUAAUGAUCAUGUGCACUCUGAUCCAAGUCGUGGGCUGCACUGCGUGGUUAAUUCUGAUGCCUCCACACCCCGUGAAGAACACAGGCGUUCAGAACAUCAAGAUCAUCCUGGAGUGCGACCCUGGAAACAUCAUCUUUAUUUGCUCCAUCUUUGGUUACGACAUUCUGUUGGCUCUGGUGACAUUUGCAUUCGCUUUUGUGGCUCGCAAGUUGGAAGACCACUUCAACGAGGGCAAGAGCGUGACCUUCGGCAUGCUGGUGUUUUUUAUCGUUUGGAUCUCCUUUGUUCCUGCUUACCUGAGCACGCGGGGGAAGUUUAUGGUGGCCGUGCAGAUUUUUGCCAUCUUGGCUUCCAGCUUCGGCCUGCUUGCGUGUGUCUUCAUACCCAAGUGCUACGUGCUGCUUGUCAAACCAGAGAGGAACAAAGAGGAGAUGAUGAUUCCCCGAACCAAAUCACGUGACAUAGCUGCCGCCGCUGCAAGCUCUGCAUCGCUCGCGACCACCAGCAGCUCUGGUAAUCCUAAUGGAACCACGGUUUCCACUUUGUCUCUAGAAGAGUAAAGUACUAUGUCCCUCAUAAUACAGUCUUAUUGUAUAAGACUGCCAGGAUUCAAGGGUCUUUAUUAUACAUUUCGAUGCCAGAUCCAAAACAG